AUGCAUCUUUCCAUCAUCCUUAUGGCUCUUGCCUUCACAGUGUUGUUUACUGUACACUGGGUCACAGCAACCGUGGUUGAAGAUUUCAACCAUGUUGAGAGAUGCAAGGAUUCGCUGUAUAUGGGCACCCCACCACGGGGUUUCACUGAUCCCAAGCUCAAAAAAAUUUGCCAGCGCUACGCUGACAAACCACGAUAUGUGAGCCUGUACGACCCUAAAAACCGCAUCCCAGUGUACUCUGCAUACACCUUCAAGAAAACAGAGGGCGAUCGACGUGUGGACUACCCCUGGAUGUAUGAGCCUCAGCUUGCAGAACUGGAUGGAAAUGGGAACAUGUUGCCUUUCCCUACCGGCUACCUGCAUAUGAAGUUUGAGGAUAGCCAGGCCGUUUUGGAAGACUACGCUAAUGUAGUACAGUAUGAGAGAGGCCAUCUGAACCCAGACCAGCACCAGUCUGACCCCCAUGACCGAGCAGCCACCUACGCACUCACCAAUGUUGUGCCAGAGGUGCGGGAGUUCAACAUUGGACCAUGGCGCCAAUAUGAAGAGCGCAUCCGUGUACGGCUCAACAACUACUGCCGGGGCACUGCCUACAUUAUUACUGGGAUUACCACUACUGGAAAUAUGAUCCGACGUAACAACCAGAAUAGAGUUGGCAUCCCUGACGAAGUAUGGUCUGCCUACUGCUGCACUGACUAUGAUCGGAAUGCACCGCACACCGAACGCAUCUACUUCCCAACUCAAGCAGCCCUCGCCAAGAAUGCAAAGGAUGGGAACGCUGUUCAUGAGCUCAUAUUGAUGGACCUGGAGGAGUACCUGAAGAAAAGAAUUGAUGUAGAUCAGAACUUCCAACUGUUCUAUGAUAACUGCAAAUCUCCUUCACCUCUUCCUCCCAACCUUUAUCACACCAUAUGACAAGGCCCACCUUCAACUUACAGCUUUGCUUUGGUUGUGGUUUACUUUUUCUUGCUGUAUGUGGGAUCUUACUAUCCCUGUCUAUUUCUGAACAACUUUUUAGUCUGGCAAUUUUGUAAUUUUCAUAAUGAUAAAUAAAAUGUGAGAUACGGUAGUCUGACUAAUGGAAAAGUUGUCACUUUACUGUGUAUGUGUGAAACAACAUUGGUUUGCUUAGUUUUGUGCAGCAUUUCAGUUUUGUUCUUGUCUGCUCUGUCUACACUUGGGAAACCAUUUGACUGUUUUAAGAUUAAGAUUAAACUUUAUUAUAAUUGUGCAGAGUACAGGUACAGAGCCAAUGAAAUGCAGUUAUUUUCCCAUAUCCUAACUAAGCCAUGAAACAGCACCCCUAGAGCAGAUAGGGUCAAGGGCCCAACAGUGGUAUCUUGGCAGUGCUGGGGCUUGAAACCCCAACCUUUCGGUAAGUAACCCAGAGCCUUAACUGCUGAGCCACCACUGGCCACUUAAUGUUAACAUUAAUCACUGCAUUACACGCACAAUGUCAAACUGCCUCAAUUUGCAUAUACACGUUAAAUGGCUCACUAACACUACCUGAAGUGCUAAGUUUAGGUUUUUAUGGAUGAAUAGUGUCUGGUUUUGAUGGUAUAAAGGGGAAUAUGAAAACAAACAAUGAUGAUGUUGAAACUCUGUACCAAUGUAUUUCUUUUAUUCUUUGUGUUACUUCAAUAAA